AUGUCGACCGUCAGCGAUGCAGUUCGUCAACUGAAUGCAGCAACAACAAUAAUUGUACUUGUGAUAAGUUUUGUCUGUUUUAUACCAGGCAUACUAGGUCUUAUCUUAAGUGUAGCUGUUUUUUGGCAACCGGUAAUGCGUCGAGAAUCAUGUGUACUCUACCUUUUAGCAUCAAGCAUUGCUGAUUUGUUUGUUGAAUUUGUUGUGUUACCUGUACGUAUUGCCUCAAAUGGUUUUGGUGUAGACCUGGCCUUUUACAAUCGUGGUAUAUGCAAAGUGGAAACUUUUAGUUUCUAUACCGUGCGUUCCAUAGCUUCGUGGUUGAUUGCAUUUGCAUGUGUUGAUCGUUUUCUUCACAGUUCAAGAAAUCCGCAGUUGCGCCGAUUCAGUUCAUUAAAAACAGCACGAUUAGUUAUCGGAAUCACUGUCAUUGCAAUGACUAUCAUUUACAUUAAUAUGCCUGUUUACUAUGAAAUAAGCUAUUCACGUAAUGCAUUCGGAGUGAUUGCUCCAACAUGCAAUGGUCAAAAAGGAGUCUAUUUGACGUUCAUUUCAUUUUGGAACAUGCUUUUCUAUACAAUUUUACCAGGUUUAGUAAUGCUUGUCUUCGGUUCUCUUACAAUUGCAAAUAUUCGACAAAGUCAUCGCGUGAUGCCGUUAUCUACUGGAGCACAACAGUUUAGUAGACGUACAAAUAAUCAACUCUUACGCAUGUUAGCUGCUCAAGUAUGUUUCAUUAUAGGCGCUACUUUACCACACUCUAUCUAUCGCCUCUAUGCAGCGUUUACUGCAAGAGAAUCACGGAGCGCAUUAGGCAUUGCUCAAGAAAACCUGGCUUGUAAUACAGUAAACACACUAACAUAUUUCGCUCAUACAAGUCACUUCUAUUUAUAUACGCUGACUGGUAGCAUUUUUCGCAAGGAAGUUGUCAGAGUUCUUGACCGUUGGUUUCAUAUCAAACGGUACUUGGCUGGCAUAUGCCACGUUGAAACGAAUUGA